CCCCAGGGCAUGGAGUUGGCACCAAGGACUUCUGGUCAAAUCUAGGACAGCGGCUGGCUGGUGGACGCUUCAAAGGACGUGGAGGACUGUAGCCCUCUCCCGCCCGACGCUGCACCUCCAGGGCCCACGCUCAAGAUUCCUGGGUCGAGGUGGGAAUCAGGAAGCACGAGAGAGGGAGGAGGAGCCCAAACACCUUAAGCCCGGGCCGAGCAGAUUUUUCCCUGCGGGAAACCUCGUCGCCAGAGCCCAGAGUGGGGCGCCCUCCCGGAAGAGGUGCAGCAGCCCCUGCACCUCGCCCCUCGCCCCGGCACCACUGAGCAGUCAAGGAAGGCGCCCCGUUAAAGGACAGGGUUCUAGAGCCAUGGCUGAGGCCGCGGAGCCCGAGGGUGGCGCUCCGGGUCCCCAGGGGCCGCCUGAGGACCCAGCGAUUCUGGCAGCGGGAUCGGAGGCAGAGGGACAGGAGGCUGGCGAGGGCGCAGCAGCGGAGCCCAGCGGCGAGGGGACGCGCGCGGUGGAGGAGGAAGGCGGCGGCGGGAGGGACGCGGGGCGCGCGGGCGAGGGAGGGGACCCGGGGGCAGAGGCGCAGGGCUCGAGGGGAGCGCAGGGCGGGGAGGAGACCCAGGACGGCGCCCAGGACGGCGCCCAGGACGGCCCCGCGGUGCCCCCGGCAGGGAAGGAGGCGGGCGGCGCCGAGCAGGUGGAAGAGGCCUCGGGGGAGGCUCAGGGGGACCCGGGGGACCCCGCGGCCCCGGAGGCGCACGAGGAAGCGGAGCGAGGGCUGGAGGAGCCACCGGGGUUUCGCCUAGACGCCCAGGGACCGGCAGGGGACAGCAUGGAAGCUGAGGCGCCGGCGGGAGGGGCGCACGGGGUGGAGAACGAGCCCCCGGCGGAGGAGAGCGCGGACCCCAGCCCGGGGGAGCCUAGGGAGGCUUUGGGGGAGGACGAGGCGGCGGAGAGCGGGUCCCCGGGGGCAGAGGAGUCGGAGGACGCGGUCCCCGGGGACGCGAGGGCAGACGCUGGCGAGAAUGGUGACCCGGGGGGGCUCCGGGAGGAGACCGGGGAGGAGCAAGGGGAGGGGGAGCCGAGCCCCGGGGGGGCCCGCGAGGAAGCCACACUGGGGCGCGAGGAGCGGCCCCCCGACGGCCGCCGCCAUGGGCAGGCGGCUGAGUCCAGUGAGGGUGAGGAGCCGCAGCCCCAGCUCAGCAACCACCUGGCGGAGGAGGGCAGCGCCCAGGGCGGCGAGGAGUCCGCGCCAGUAAAUGGCGGCGGGGAGGACGGCGAAGCGGCCCAGGAGGGGGACCCGGGACAGGAGCAUGACAUCACCCUCUUCGUCAAGGCUGGUUAUGAUGGUGAGAGUAUUGGAAACUGCCCAUUUUCUCAGCGUCUCUUUAUGAUUCUCUGGCUAAAGGGUGUUAUAUUUAAUGUCACAACCGUGGAUCUGAAAAGGAAGCCCCUGGACCUGCAAAACCUGGCUCCUGGAGCAAACCCGCCUUUUAUGACUUUUGAUGGUGAAGUCAAGACGGAUGUGAAUAAGAUUGAGGAGUUCUUAGAGGAGAAGUUAGCACCCCCAAGGUACCCUAAGCUGGGGACCCAACACCCUGAAUCUAACUCUGCAGGAAAUGAUGUGUUUGCCAAAUUCUCAGCAUUUAUUAAAAACACCAAGAAGGAUGCACAUGAGAUUUAUGAAAAGAACCUGUUACGGGCCCUGAAGAAGCUGGAUAAUUACUUAAACAGCCUUCUGCCCGAUGAAAUAGACACCAACAGCACAGAGGAUGUCACUGUUUCGGGCAGGAAGUUCCUGGACGGGGAUGAGCUCACACUGGCCGACUGUAACCUCUUACCCAAGCUCCACAUUAUUAAGAUUGUGGCCAAGAAAUACAGAGAUUUUGAGUUUCCUCCUGAAAUGACUGGCAUCUGGAGAUACUUGGACAAUGCUUAUGCUAGGGAUGAAUUCACAAAUACGUGUCCAGCUGACCGGGAGAUUGAACAUGCGUAUUCAGAUGUUGCCAAAAGGAUGAAGUGAACCAGGGGUGCUUUCUGCUUUAUUUCUCAGAUAAAUGAGCUGGGCUUCAAGAAGAGUGUGUUCCAUGCAUCUCCCCCAAAGCCAACCAUCUUUUGCAAAAUAAUGCCAAUUUGUCAACUCAGCCAGUAUCUGUCUUUAUACACGCCAGUUGCCUACUGUAUGUAAAUUAAGUUUUUGACAUUCACUGACAUCAUAAUCUAUGAUAUUCAGGGCAUGUGUUUUGCAGUUUAAGUUUCAAAGCCAAUUAGGUUUGGGUUUAAUUCCUUCCAUUUUUAAAAAACUUGGCCUGUCUUUGAUAGUUUUCAUAAUCACACAUAGACUGUUUUCUCCUCUUAAAUAUUAACUUACUUUUUUUUCAAAAUGAAAGCACUAUUUUUAUAAUUAUAAAAUGUUUUGUGCCUGUUUUAAAAUGGUAUCAGAGAGAGAAGGAAGCAAAAAAAAUAACCUACAAUUUUUCCCACAUGUUUACUGAUAAUUUAUUGGUAAACAUCUUCCAAAUCUUCAGUCUUUUGUGUGUGCACAAACAUAAUUGCACUAUGCAAAUUUCAUUCAUCUAUUCUAUUGUUUCUUUAAAGGACUGGUGAGGGGACCUCUUGGUGAUGCCUUGAUAUCCAUUCAAAGAGGAUCUUAAACGAAGAAACGUGUUCAGCCCUACACAUCAGAGGUUACUGUAGACAUUUUUAAAGAGGUGGGGAAGUGUAGAGUGGCAGAGCCCUGGGAACCAGCAGGAGUGCGGUGGGAUGAACUCAGCCACCUGGUCACCAUCUUCAAGAUGCCUCUGCCCCUGGGUCCAGGAAAGGUAGUGCAGGAGGGACUCAUCUGUGCCUUUGGUGCCCACUUCCUCUCCAGUGCCUUCUCUUUUCCCAUCCUUCUCGCGAAGUCUGUGCCUCAAAUGGGACCCUUCCUAUCACUUGCAACUUGGAGAACCCCCUGCCUUGGGUUGAAAUGUGAACCAUGCACACUUUGGUUCCUUCUCAUGGCUGCUCUCACUGAGAUCCAGCCUUGCUCUUCCUCUAUGAUGAUGAUCAUGAUAUCAUGGGGCUUGCCCAGUCCUCACUGCUGCUUUGCUCUUUUAUCUCUUUUAGUGGUCAGGCUGGAAAAACCCAGGGAGAUUAAAUUUGUGGUGACUAUCUUGGGCAAUUCUGGUAAAUGGUCCAGUGAGGGCAGAAGUGGAAAAGAUUGACUCAAAGAGUUUUUGGUCUAUAUGUGGCUUUCCCUCCUCCAGCCCUCCUCCAACCCACAUGCAUCACAUCUGUGUGGGCCGGAUGCUGGGCUCCAGCCCCAGACCUGGAGAAGAGGUGAGGCAGCUUAGACACUCAUCAAGACCUCACAGGUCUGUCCUUGACAUUCACAGGCAUCUCACAGAAAACUUGCCUGUAAAGUUGAUUGAAGCUAAAAUGUUCAUUCUCUAUGCACACAUCUGCUCUAUGGGUGAUUCAUUUGAAAGGGAGUAAAACACGUUCAUGGCAACAACUCUGGAAUUUGAUGAAAAUGCCUUAUAAGGAAACAAAAUCUUGAAUAUAGUGCCUACUUUCUUUCCCUGCUUACUAGAUGCCACAGUUUUAUGCCAGCAGCCUGCUUUCUUCGUCAACCACACAGGUUUGGAGGUGUUUUCUAUCAUGUCUCACUGUGGUCCACGUUGUCACAUAUCUGUUUAAGAGUCAGAUGUUUAAAUUUCAUUUCAUAAUGUUACAUUCAAACUUGAUAAGUGAGUAGACUACCAGAUGUUACUAGUGCUAACUUUGUAUUUAUAGAUGUUAAAAUGAUCAGAACACCUGUGUGCCUUAAAAAUUAAACAAACUAUGAAAACAUUUAAA